AAGUCCGGCCCAGUCAUUCGGGGGAGGGGGGAGAACCCCCAAAAGCGCGUCCGUUCCGGUAAGGAAAGAGUUAAUGGCUCGGCAAGCCCCCGCUCAGCCUCGCACACGCCACUUCCCCGAGCGGGGGUGACUCAUCCCGGUCCCGCUCCCGCUCCGCGACACCCGCGCGCUGCUCCGGCCGCCCCGGAGCCCGGCCCGAGCCUCCGCCGGACCCUUCCUAAACUCAAAGCCAGCGACUCCUCCCCCAUGGAGAACAACCAAGCGCCGCAAGCAGAGCCCCAAGAACCCACCCGCACCACCAAACCCGCCGACGCGCCGGGGGCCGAGGAUGGCGCCGAGAGGGACAAGGCGGCGGGAGAAGCUGAGGACAAGGAGGACGAGAAGGAAAAGGAGGAGGAGGAAGCUUUCCUCGUCAGCCUCUACAAGUUCAUGAAGGACCGGCACACGCCCAUCGAGAGGAUCCCGCACCUCGGCUUCAAGCAGAUUAACCUCUGGAAGAUCUACAAAGCCGUGGAAAAGCUGGGAGCCUACGAGCUGGUGACGGGGCGCCGGCUCUGGAAGAACGUCUACGACGAGCGGGGCAGCCCCGGCAGCACCAGCGCGGCCACCUGCACCCGGCGCCACUACGAGAGGCUCGUCCUUCCCUACGUGCGGCACCUCAAGGGCGAGGAGGACAAGCCGCUGCCCCCCAGCAAACCCCGCAAGCAGUACAAGGUCUCCAAGGACGACCGGAGCAAGAGGGCCAGGAAGGAGAAGGGGCGCGAGCAGGUGGCUCCGGACAAGGGGAAGCCGGAGGCGGCCGCCGGCGCGGAGGACGCGCCGGAGCGGAGCCGGGCCACCGACGGCUGCUCCAGCCCGGCCAUCGCGGCCAUCCCGGCCCCCAGCCCCUCGGGGGGCUAUCCCAGCCCCUGCCGGACGCACAGCGAAACCUACAAGCGCCUUUUCUCCAGCUUCUACUCUAAAGGGAACCAUCCCAUCAUGUCCCCGCUGGCCAAGAAGAAGCUGCUGGCGCAGGUGAGCAAGGCCGAGUCCUUGCACUGCCACAAACGCCACUGCCCCGAGGGCCGGCGGGCACCGAGACACCGGCCCCCGAGCCGCCCCCGGCCGGUCACCGGCCCUCGCCUCGCUGAGCAGAGGAGCCCGGAGCCGGCGGGAGCUCCGGACAGAGCUCCGAGCGUCGGGAGCGAGGCGGGCCCGGCCCCCAGCGCUUCCCCGGGAGGCAGAGACAGCCAGGGCUGCCCGCGGGCCGAGGACGGGGCUCCGGCGCCCGCCGUCUUCACCGGCUACUUCCACGCCUACCGCAGCGAGGGGCUGCAGCCCGGCUGCCCCCCGCUCUGGGGGUACUUCUCCAACCUGAAGGAUUUUUUGGAGCCGCCUUCCGCCUUCCCGGCGCGGCCCGAGGAGCCCGAGCAGCCCCAAGAGCUGCGGAGCAAAGCGGGGCCGCCGUGGGACGGCCGGGGAGCCGCUGUCCAGGCCUGCUGGGUGCCCCCCGGGGCCGCCUUCGGCCCCGCCGCGCCCCGGGCCAGGCACGGCCGCGACGAGGAAGCCCUUCGGCCCCAUCGCCAAGUCCGCGCUGUGUCCCCCUUGGCCAAGGAGGGCAGGGACAGGGGGCCCCGCUCGCCGGGGGGCCACCAAGGGCUGGCCAAACCCAAGGCCGUGGUGGCCACUGCCGGCUUCGCCGCGCCGCUCCCGCCGGACGCUUUCAAGGGAGCCGCGCUGCACUUCCCGGGCAGCUUCGGGAACCCCUUGGAGCACCUCAAAACCCAGGGCGUGCCCGUGGCCCCGGCGCUCUCCGUUAACCCCUUCGUGAUCCCGGCUUUCCCCAGCCCUUUGGUGGUGGCCUCCACGCAGCCCUCGGAGCUGUGCCGGCCGCUGCCACGGGCGCCGGGCGCUUCGCGGCCUCCUACGGGAGUUCGCGGCUGUACCCGGCGGCUCCGUGGCACGGCCAGCGCUCGUACAGCUCCCCGCACGUCCCGGCCUUCCCGCACCACGCCAAGCCCUAGCGCUGCCACCCUCCGCGGGUCCCUGCGGAGGAGGGAGCGGCCGGCGGGACGCGGCUGGGAGGGGACAAUCCGGACUGGGUGGUUUUUACUGCUGAGCUCAGAGCUGUUCGUACCCGGCGCUGUUGUUCCGGCGGGGGCUCCGUUGCCGGAGUUCUCGGUAUUUUCUAUAUAUCCACACACACGUCGAUAAAAAAAAAAAAAAAAAGGGGAGCAAACGCAGUGCUGGAGGUUUCUGUUCGUGCCGAGGCGCAGCUGGGGGAUGGUUGUUCCCAUCCCGCCGUGGCUGGGGUUCUCAGGGACUCCCUGGGCCACCCCCCCACCCGAAUUUGGGGGUUGUGUCGCCUCCAGCUGGGGCUCCAUAGGUUUCCAGGAGCCUGGAAAGGGGAAUAAACCUGCCUGGCUGGUCCCGA